AUGCGAAAGGAGGAAGAGUUAGGAUUGGGGGGGAAAUUUUGGAUGGAUGUAGGAGAAGGGGGGAGGAAGAAGAGGAGUGGAACUGAAGAGGCGGCGUCGGAAUCCGACUGCAGCCUUAUAACCGUCGAGAGCAGGCCCAGAUCGGGCUCAGGCUCGUCGGCGGUGUUUUCAGUGUCCGGUAUGACAGGAGUUAAGCGCCCACGCCUCAGUGAGGGCGAUGAUAUGUCGACUGACGAGGAAAGGCCGGGGACACCAGUCCCUGUAAGAGGUAGAGGGCGUCCACCUACCCAUGGGCGUUAUGUCGGCAUUGGCAAGGCCAGGGAGGCCCUUAAUUUGGAGAAAAGAGCCGAGGUGAAAGCCCAGGCCAAACAAAAGGCGGAGAAUGACCUCCUCAAGGAGGCUGCUGUCGCCCGUUUCCGGCGGGAGACGCGUAAAGAAGAGCUACCAGUUGGGCAGCGCGUGGACGAGAAGACCGCAGCCCGGCUGCAGGACCAGGUCUGGGAAGACUUGGACCUCAUCAGAAAGGUGGCUACUAAGUCUGCCCACUUGAAGGGCACCUUCGUGCGUGACCUGAAAGACGCUGCGGCUUCCAUCAAGGAGACAGUAGAAGUUCUCGGGUCGCGCACCGUUUCGGAUGAGACGCGGCGACUGCAGGCGGACAACACACGCCUGCAAGCCGAGAUGGUCGGAGGAAUGUUGAAUGCCCGCCUGGAGUCACUAGAGGACAGACUCCUUCCGGAGAGGAACCUCCGGCCGCCUUUGGCGACCGACAAAAGGCGAGACGGGCGCACAUAUGCUGCUGCGGCUUCGGGAUCUCCAUCUCCAGGCACCGCAAAACCGCCUACUGAAAGCGCACCUAAGGGACCCGCCCGAUCUGGACACAGCGGGCACGCAGGACAGGCGCCCUCGGUACCACCUCAGCGCCCCGCUGGAUCCACGUCGAGUCAGACACGAUCGCGGAGGGCACCAGACCCUUCUGCUUCCUCUUCUACCCCCCCUUCCGCGGGGAAGAAGAGAAAGAAGAAGAAUAAACGGAGAAAGAAAGGGGGUCAGGAGUCCGGCCCACACCAGGGAAAGAGCCAGUCAACGGAAUGGACGAAGGUGGGUCCUAAGACACGGCCUGAAGUAAAAAGUCGCGCCAGCAAACUCCGCACACCUCGGUCAUCAGCAGUAGUAUUGACGCUGCAACCGGGGGCGGAAGAAAGAGGCGCGACUUAUGCAAAAGUCAUUGCCGCUGCGAAAGCGAAUAUAAACGCAGCAGACAUUGGUGCUCAAGGAGUCAGACUUCGUAAGGCGGCGACAGGAGGCCGCCUGUUCGAAUUCCCUGGGGCCUCCAGUGCUGAGAAGGCGGACUCCUUGGCUAAAAAGCUCAGAGAGGUCUUGGGUGACGAGGUCGUUCGGAUAUCUAGGCCUUCGAAGUCUGUUGACCUGCGGAUCACAGGCCUGGACGACUCCAUCACCAGCGCCGAGGUUAUCGCUGCGGUGGCAACGGUAGGAGGAUGUCCCGUCGAGCAAGUGCGGGCUGGCGAAGUUGUUUGUGGCUACGACGGGCUAGGGGCAGUGUUAGUGCACUGUCCCGUUGCAGCUGCCAAGAAGGUGGUAGCAGGAGGAAGGCUCCUCGUGGGAUGGGUGUCUGCGCAAGUGAAGUUGCUGGACGCCCGGCCCUUGAUGUGCUAUCGGUCAUAA